CGCAGGCGCGCUAGGAAAGGCCGCCUGGCGGCGCGGUGCGCAGGCGCCGCGGGGGCUGCUAAGUGAAGGGGCAAUGGACGCCUUGGAGUCGUUGUUGGACGAGGUGGCCCUGGAGGGGCUCGAUGGCCUGUGUCUGCCCGCGCUGUGGAGCCGCCUGGAAACGCGCGUGCCGCCUUUCCCUCUGCCGUUGGAGCCCUACACGCAGGAGUUUCUGUGGCGGGCCCUUGCCACGCACCCAGGAAUCAGCUUCUAUGAAGAGCCUCGGGAGCGACCGGACCUCCAGCUCCAGGAUCGGUACGAGGAGAUUGACUUGGAGACUGGCAUUUUGGAGUCCAGGAGGGACCCGGUCCCUCUGGAGGAUGUCUACCCCAUUCACAUGAUCUUAGAGAACAAGGAUGGCAUCCAGGGCUCGUGCCGGUACUUUAAGGAGAGGAAGAACAUCACCAGCGACAUCAGGACCAAGUCUCUGCAGCCGCGCUGUACGAUGGUGGAAGCCUUUGACAGGUGGGGGAAGAAGCUGAUCAUCGUUGCCUCCCAGGCCAUGCGUUACCGGGCCCUGAUAGGCCAGGAGGGGGAUCCUGACCUGAAGCUCCCCGACUUCUCCUACUGCAUCCUGGAGCGACUGGGCCGGUCCAGGUGGCAGGGCGAGCUGCAGCGAGACCUGCACAGCAGUGCCUUCAAGGUUGAUGCUGGAAAACUUCACUAUCACAGGAAAAUUCUGAACAAAAAUGGGCUCAUCACAAUGCAGUCCCACGUGAUCCGGCUGCCCACUGGAGCCCAGCAGCACUCAAUCCUCCUCCUCCUCAACCGCUUUCAUGUGGACAGGAGGAGCAAAUACGACAUCCUCAUGGAGAAGCUGUCGGUGAUGCUGAGCGCACGGAGUAAUCACAUCGAGACACUGGGCAGGCUGAGGGAGGAGCUGGGGCUGUGUGAAAGGACGUUUAAGCGCCUGUACCAGUACAUGCUGAAUGCCGGACUCGCCAAGGUCGUGUCUCUUCCCUUGCAAGAGAUUCACCCUGAAUGUGGGCCCUGUAAGACCAAGAAAGGGACUGACGUCAUGGUCCGCUGCCUUAAGCUGCUGAAAGAGUUCAAGCGGAAGAUGGACGACGACCAGGACGAUGACGAGGACGAGGAGGUCAUCUCCAAGGCGGUGCCGCCGGUGGACAUCGUGUACGAGCGGGACAUGCUCACGCAGACCUACGAGCUCAUCGAACGCAGAGGCACAAAAGGCAUCUCCCAGGCCGAGAUUCGCGUGGCCAUGAACGUGGGGAAGCUGGAAGCAAGAAUGCUGUGUCGGCUCCUCCAGAGGUUCAAGGUCGUCAAGGGCUUCAUGGAAGACGAAGGCCGCCAGCGGACCACCAAGUACAUCUCCUGCGUGUUCGCCGAGGAGAGUGACCUGAGCCGCCAGUAUGCCCGGGAGAAGGCCCGCAGCCAGCUGCUGGCCACCGUGAGCCUGGCCUCCAUGCAGGAGGAGUCGCUCCCGCCCGAGGGCGAAGACGCCUUCCUCUCGGAGUCGGACAGCGAGGACGAGGGCGGCAGCAGCAAGCGGAAAGGCCGAGGGCCCCAGGGGGAUGCCAGGGCCUCCGGCAGCCUGGGGCUGGGGGCCCAGCCUCAUCACUCCACCCCCACCAAGGGUGGGUGGAAAGUCGUGAACCUGAACCCUCUCAAGCGGCAGCCACCUGCUGCGGCGGGAGCUGCCGAGAGUGCCGCGUGCGGUAGCCGCGCCGGCACCGACAACCUCCUGGACACCAGCAGCUCCUCAGAGCCCAGCUUUGGCUCGCACCACAUGGAGAACGACACCGGCGACAUCGCCUUGAUCGAGGAGGUCCGGCUGGAAAACCCCAAGGAGAGCAGCGGUUCCCAGAAGGGCGGGAAGCACGGCCCCGGCCAGGACAAGCCGCAUGAAACCUACCGGCUGCUGAAACGCAGGAAUCUGAUCAUAGAGGCCGUCACCAACCUGCGCCUGAUCGAGAGCUUGUUCACGAUUCAGAAGAUGAUCAUGGAUCAGGAGAAGCGGGAAGGCGUGUCCACCAAGUGCUGUAAGAAGUCCAUCGUCCGCCUGGUGCGGAACCUCUCCGAGGAGGGGCUCCUGCGGCUCUACCGGACCACAGUUAUCCACGAUGGGAUCAAGAAGAAGGUGGAUCUGGUUGUGCACCCCUCCAUGGACCAGAACGACCCUCUGGUAAGAAGUGCCAUUGAGCAGGUUCGCUUCCGGAUCUCCAACUCAAGCACAGCCAAUAGGCAAGUGGCAGACAGGAAGGACCGCUCAGCAAGGCCGCCAGGCCCGGCCAAAGUCCCCCCACCCCCGCCACCCCAAGAGGAAGUGGAAGAAGAAACUCCAGUGGCAGAGGCCCCCAGUGCAUCGGGAGACUCCCAGCCGAACACCUCCAAUAAAGUAGAGAGCGCACGCGUGAAAAAGACAGACGAAAAGAUGGGCAUCACCCAGCUGAAGAACUACAACCCCGUGAUCGUUCCAGGACUCGGCCGCUCUCUGGGGUUUCUGCCCAAGAUGCCUCGCCUGCGUGUGGUGCACAUGUUCCUGUGGUACCUGAUCUACGGGCACCCUGCCAACAAGACGGCGCACAAGCCCGGCGGCGAGAGGAGGUCGCGACGGCAGGAGUCGAGUAGGAUGAGGGCCCAGGCUGCCUCCGCAAGGCACACGGAGGCCUCCUCGGAGGGCAGGGAGACCGUCACCUGGGAGGCCGAAGUGGAACUCGACACAGAGACCGUGUACGUGAACGAAGUUUCAUGGAUGCGCUACGUCCCUCCUAUCCCGGUGCACAGGGACUUCGGCUUUGGCUGGGCUCUCGUCAGCGACAUCCUCCUCUGUCUGCCCCUCUCCAUCUUCAUCCAGAUCGUGCAAGUCAGCUACAAGGUGGACAUGCUUGAGGAGUACCUGAACGACCCCCUGAAGAAGCACAUGCUGAUCCGCUUCCUCCCCAGGGCCCUCCGGCAGCAGCUCCUGUACAAGAGGCGCUACAUUUUCUCGGUGGUGGAGAGUCUUCAGAGGCUGUGCUACAUGGGGCUGCUGCAGUUUGGGCCCACGGAGAAGUUUCAGGAUAAAGAUCAGGUCUUUGUUUUCUUGAAGAAGAACGCGGUCAUCGUGGACACGACCAUCUGCGACCCCCAUUACAACCUGGCACACAGCAGCCGGCCCUUCGAGCGCCGUCACUACGUCAUGAACUCCAUGCAGGACGUGGAGAACUACUGGUUUGACCUGCAGUGCGUCUGCCUCAAUACCCCGCUAGGUGUGGUGCGCUACCCACGCGCGCCGAAGACCAGCGGCUCGGAUCAGGGCAGUGACGAGGAGGGCACCUUGCGGAAGGAGCAGGAGAACGCCGUGGACAAGCACAACCUGGAGCGCAAGUGUGCCUUGAUGGAGUACAGCACGGGGAGCCGCGUGGUCGUGGAUAAAGGCGUGAUCCCUGGAGACGGGCUGGGAGCCGCUGGCCUCGAUUCCAGCUUCUACGCUCACCUCAAGCGCAACUGGAUCUGGACCAGCUACAUCAUCAACAAAGCCAAAAAGGAAAACAGCGCCUCGGAGAGUGGGCUCACCGUGAGGCUGCAGACGUUCCUGACCAAGCGCCUGUUGCCGCCCAGGGCUACAGGCAGCGGCAAGCUGGGUCCCUGGGGAGAAGCGAGGAAAGGUGCGAAGCUCUCCGCCGCCCACGACGAGCAGUGCGAGGUGGCCUGGGAAACGCUGGACAGGAACUGGCGCGUGAGGGGUGGCAAGAGCCAGAAGCGGAAACGGCUGAAGACGGACCCGGGCAAGACCAAGAAAAGCAACAAAGAAGAGCCCCCAGAGGAAAAGAGCAAGCGGCUGCGCUACCACGACGAAGCGGACCAGAGCGCCCUGCAGAGGAUGACCCAGCUGCGCGUCACCUGGUCCACGCACGAAGACCGGCUCAUCAUGCUGUGCCGCAUAGCCAGCAACAUCCUCAACACCAAGGUGAACGGCCUGUUUGUCCCCUGGCAAGUCGUGCGUGAUAUUUUGCAUGCUACCUUCGAAGAGUCCUUGGAUAAAACAUCUCACUCAGUGGGAAGAAGAGCUCGCUACAUUGUCAAAAAUCCACAGACCUAUCUGAACUACAAGGUUUGCCUCGCCGAGGUGUACCAGGACAAAGCCCUCGUCGGAGAUUUCAUGAAUCGAAAGUGUAACUAUGAAGACCCGAAGGUUUGUGCCAGUGAGUUUAAGGAAUUUGUGGAGAAGCUGAAAGAGAAGUUCAGUUCCAACCUGAAGAGCCCUGGCCUUGAGAUCCCAGACACACUGCAGGAGCUGUUUGCCAGAUACCGGGUUUUGGCCAUCGGAGAUGAAAGAGAUCAGAUCAGGAAAGAAGACCAACUUCACAGCUUGGACGACAUCCACUUCCUGGUGCUCCAGAACUUGAUCCAGAGCACGCUGGCCCUGUCGGACAGCCAGAUGAAGUCCUGCCAGUCCUUCCAGACCUUCCGCCUGUACCAGGAGUACAAGGACCAGACCCUCGUGAAGGCCUUCCUGGAGUGCCAGAAGAGGAGCCUGGUCAACCGGCGCCGGGUCAGCCACACGCAGGGCCCCAAGAAAAACCGGGCCUUGCCCUUCGUGCCCAUGUCCUACCAGCUGUCUCAGAGCUACUACAGGAUUUUCACUUGGCGGUUCCCAAGCACCAUCUGCUCCGAGUCGUUCCAGUUCUUGGACCGCCUCCGGGCUGCCGGCAGGGUGGACCGGCCCAACAGCUUCUCCUUCCGGGACCAGGAUAGUGGCAGCGAGUCCACGGGCGACAUGGUGCCCUUCUCCUUGGACGGCCCUGGAGGACACUGUGUGGCCGUCCUCACACUCUUCUCUCUGGGCCUCAUCUCUGUGGACGUCAGGAUCCCCGAGCAGAUUGUGGUGGUGGACAGCUUGAUGGUGGAGAAUGAGGUCAUGAAGAGCCUGGGGAAGGAAGGGAGCUCUGACAAGGACGGGGGCCUGGACGACGACGAGGACGAGGAGGAAGACUUGGACGAAGGCGCGGGGGGCAAACGCCGCAGCUUCGAGGUGAAAGCCCGCCAGGCCUCCCACACCAACUACCUGCUGAUGCGGGGCUACUACGCGCCCGGCCUCAGCACGCGUGGCCUCAGCCCCAACGACAGCAUUGUGGUCAAUUCCUGCCACAUGAAGUUCCGGCUGCGCCGCUCCCCUGCGCCUAUCCGCCUGCAGCUCCCCACCUCUUCUCUGGAAGAGCUUUCCAUGGGGGGCUCCCGCCUGCCCGACACGUUCACCAGGCUGAUAGACCCUCAGGAAAGCAGCAGCAGCCUGGAAGAGCUCACCCGCCAGGUGGAGCUGUCUGGGUAUACACCUGCAGACGUGGCUGCCGCCUUGGAGAUCUGGGGAGCCGUGGCAGCCGCCGGCUGCUUUGGGGUUGACAGGCAGGAGCUAGGCAGACGGUUCUGCGCCUUGGAGAAGCCGGCAGGGGAGCGCACCAGGACGUUCCCGGACUACAUGCAGGACCUCUUGGAGCAGAAUCAGGUGCUGGAAGUUGGUGGAAACACCGUUCGCCUGGUGACCAUGGCCUCUGCCAAGCCCUGGCUCCUGCACUUGGUGCAGCCAAAGGGCCGAGAGGGGGACACCGACGUCCCAAGAGAAGAUGCCCAAGGCAGACCCCAGGAGGGGCCCUCCAGCAAGGAUGGCGCCCCCGAGAGGCAGGUACCCCCUGCCCAGGGUGCCCAGAGCACCAAGAGGCGUGCCAGCUGGACCAUGCAGAGCGAGGCCGGCACCGAGAGCUCUGAGAAGCCCCCCGCCAAGAGGCCUGCCCUCCAGGACAUGCGCUUGACCCCCAACCUCAGGCCUGGGCCAGAUGAGAAGAUGGAAAUGCAGGCCACAGCUCCUGAAGACAAAGGGAGCUCCAUGGCCAGCAGCCGUUCGCAGGCAGCCCGGGAAAGGGACUUGGAGCGCAUCUGCUUCGUGAGCCGCCCGUGGCGCGUGGUGGACGGGCAGCUGAACACGCCCGUGUGCAAGGGCAUGAUGGAGGCCCUGCUGUACCACAUCAUGAGCAAGCCGGGCAUCCCCGAGAGCUGCCUGAUGCAGCACUACCAGGGCGUCCUGCAGCCCGUGGCCGUGCUCGAGCUGCUGCAGGGCCUGGAAUUCCUGGGCUGCAUCAGGAAACGCUUCCUGAGGAAGCCCCCGGCUGUCUCGCUCUUCUCCGAGCCCAAGGUGGACGAAGAGGAGGAAGCAGAGGUGCUCCCCAGCCUCAGCGAGUGCCCCACGGCCUUCUACGAGCCCACACUGGAGUGCACCUUCCGGCUGGGCUGCGUGUUCCCCCCCGAGGUCAACUGGAACAAGUGGAUCCACCUGUAGGGCGCGGGCGGAUGGCCCCUCCCCUCCCCUCCCCUCCGGGCCCACCGGUGCCUGAGACUCACAGGAGCCGGCAGCUCUCCGUGGGGCUGGAGCUCUGGGAAGAGGGGCCCACGGCCCACCUGCCCCUGGGAACCUGCUCCAUCACACCAUGAGUUUGCUGCUGUCCCAGCGGGGUGCAGCCUGGUGGUCCCGCCGCUGUCUCCUCGCCUCAGCCAUGGCUACAACCGAGAGUCUGCGCUGGGCUGAGGCUGAGGCUGAGGUGCCCGGGAGGGGGCCUGCCAGAGCUUCUGGUGACGUCAUUGUCGGCAGCCUUGGGCGGUGGGGGUGGGAGUUCGGGGCUCACAGGGCUUGCCCCGUGUUGGCCAGCUCACAUUCCAGACUGUCACCAUGGCAGCGUCUGCCUGAGGUCCCCCAGGCAGCUGUCCCCGGUUCCUGCUCCUGCGGGCGCCCCUGCCUCCCACCUGCCUGGCCACACACGGAGGGGACAGGGGUGGGGGUAGGGUCCCUGUAGUUCUGUUUCAUUUCAUUUUGUUCUUUUUUUGCCUCUUUCCUCAUCUAAAAGGGUGGUCCUCCUGGCAUGUUUGUAUUUAUUUUAUAAUUAAAGUGAAGUGUAUUUGAA